AUGCCCCCAGAAACCCGCUCUCGCACCAGGGCUCAGUCCCUCGCUGCGGAGUCAGAACAGCCCUAUAGAGAUGAUGAGUCGAGCUCCUCCUCCUCCGGGUCGGAGCUGGACUCGGAUAGCUCCGACUUUGACGAUGACAGCUCAGAGUUUGACGACGGCGAGCCCUCGGCGAUUCGCUCGCCCACCAAGCUCACUUAUACCGUCGACCACCUCCCAGAAGCCACCCAGGAGACUGUCCGCGAUACCUUCAAGGAGCCUCCAAGGAUUGCACUGCAAAAAUGCCGCCGCAUCAACAACACCUAUGCCUUCCAGAUGACGGAGCUUGUCACACGCUCCAUUCGGAUCCGCGCCCCGGAGAACGGCAUCUCCAACCUGAGCUGCUCGUGCCGGAACGACGGGCAGCCCUGCGAGCACCUCCUGUGGCUGCUCGACCAGAUCGUCAAGCAGACCAUGUACGAUCAUGACUUGGCUAAGCCCUUGAAGAUGAACCAGGACGGCUACGCUGAAGAGAUGGGUGAUCCCUUCCAGAAGAUUGCAAACUACCAUCUCGACGUUCUUGCCGAUGGACUACACUGCCAAUUAGUUACUCCACAAACAGAGUAUAACAAUGAGCCUGAUAUCUACCGAGCCCAAGAAGCUCGAGAGAUUCUCUCCUCAAUCUAUGACGAAGAUCCAGAGUCGUUCAGACCAAACAUCUUUGACCAAAUAUCACUGGGCAAGAAGCUACUCAAGCGGCACGACCUCGAGCAGACCAUCUUCCGUAUGCUCAUGGACAACCACCACUUCUUUCAUUACUUUCGUUCGGCAUCCCGCCCUACCGACCCUGUCAAUGACCCCUUCCGCAAGCUUACCCAGCGCAUCGACCGUGUGCUCCGGGACCUGGACGCGGAUCGGCCGCCGGCAGGGUCCGAGUCCCCUCGCGACGUCCCCUGGGCAGCCUCUCACAUCCUUGGCUGCGUCCGUCGCAUGCGCCACGAGAUUUACACGCGCGACAGCCCACUCUCGGGGCGCGAGGCCCUGUCUGCCGCCCGCAGCCUCGUCCACAUCCUGGACUCGGUUGUGGCCCAUAACCGCGACCAGGGUCAAGCAAGCGCCCCGCGCGCCGACCGCAAUCUGUAUCUGCGCCUCGUGGGCGAUCGUGAUCAAGAUUUUAUCUUAAGCGUGUUGAACCUGAUUCCCGAGGCAGCAAGCCAGUUUCUGAAUAACCUCGAAGCCAUCCUCGAGAGGAUCGAGUUGUAUGGCGCUCCUGCAGGCUACGUCGAGCGGUAUCGUGCCAUGCUGGGGAGACUGAGGGCGUCGAGCACAGGAUCAGGGCUGAAGCGCUCUGUUCGCCAGACGGGAGGGCGGAGGACGAAGCGGGUGAGGUGA